AUGAACACUGCGCACCACCGCCACCAUAAUGGCAACUGGCACAAGACAACACUGGAAACCAGCGCCCAUCAAGAAAGCGACACGACAAGACAGGAAAGGACCGCUACCCUUGGCACACUGGGCGCAAAUGUCUGCGGCGGGAGCCUCGUGGCCAAUGAGGCAGCCCAACACAGCGCGAGCUUGCCGAGCAGCGGUGAUCUUUGGAGAACGACCUGGCCGCCAGUCCAGAACGGCCCUCUUCAGAUCCACGCAGCCCCAUACCUUGUAUCCAGCACUUUAGAAGGGCCUGAGAGUAGGGGGAGGGUGCCAGUCAUUUGGAACUGGGACAUGCCGUAG